GCUGUCUUGUCUUCUUGGAAACUUCCGCGCUGUUCACAUGACACUGAUUUGAAGAUGGCUUCUGUUCAGUGGCAUGCUCGUGUGAGGAAAUACGGUGCAGAGCUUCAGAGAUGCCAAUUAGAGGCGACACCAGUGGAGCAGGGAGACUACCAUCCCCUCAAACCCAUUAUAGUGACAGAUUCCAGGUCACGACGGGGAGGACGCAAAGGUAGCACGUCUUCAUCCUCUUCUUCCUCCAGCUCGGUGGCCAUGGACCCUCUGAGCUCCAUGAUGGAGGGAACAGACCCCCUAUCCCUUUUUGCUGCAGCUUCAGCCAGCGAAGUGCCCACACUCUCGCACAGCAGCUCUUCAGUGGAGUUGGGCAGGAAACAGAGAGAAAACGAGGAUGAGGUGGGUGCAGACUUUGAGCCGUGGUCAGCCAAGCGUGGAGAGAUCCUGUCCAGAUUCACCACUACAGAGAAACUUUCCAUAAAUCUCUUCAUGGGCUCUGAAAAAAACAAGGCCUCCAGUCCCAGCUCUGCUGUAUCAGAGAAGGUCCGUACACGUCUGGAGGAGCUGGAUGACUUGGAGGAAGGCUCUCAGAGGGAGCUGCUGAACCUCUCUCAGCAGGACUAUGUGAAGCGGAUUGAGGAGCUUAACCAGUCGCUGAAGGAGGCCUGGGCUUCAGACCAGAAAGUUAAAGCCCUGAAAAUCGUCAUUCAGUGCUCCAAGCUUCUGUCAGACACCUCAGUGAUUCAGUUCUACCCAAGCAAGUUUGUCCUCAUCACUGACAUCCUUGACACCUUCGGUCGUCUGGUCUAUGAACGUAUCUGGUCAAUGUGUUCAGAUCCUCGUCCUCAACCAGACUCUUUCUCUGUGGAGGAUGUGAACGACACGGCCAAAGAGACAUGCCUUAACUGGUUCUUCAAGAUCGCGUCCAUCAGAGAACUCAUUCCUCGGCUAUAUGUGGAGGCUGCCAUACUGAAAUGCAAUCGUUUCCUCAACAAAACUGGGAUUCAGGAGACUUUGCCAAGGCUGACUGCUAUGAUCCGUGGGAUUGGGGACCCCUUAGUGGCAGUAUAUGCCCGGGCCUACCUGUGCAGGGUGGGCAUGGAGGUGGCCCCUCACCUGAAGGACAGUCUGAACAAGAACUUUUUCGACCUGCUGGCUUCUUUCCGCCAAAUUCACAGUGACACAGUGCAGAACCAGUUGGUGAUCCAGAGGGUGGAGAUCCCAGUCUACCUCACACUCUACUCCCCUGCCAUCCACUGGAUCCUGCAGUGUGUGGCCUACAGAGCACCAGAUGUGCUGCUCACAGAAAUGAUGGAGAGGUGCAAGAAACUUGGCAACAAUGCUCUUCUACUCAAUUCUGUUAUGUGGGCGUUCCGGCCUGAGUUUGUGGCUGCAAGAGCCACAGAUUUCAUUGGUAUGAUCAAGGACUGUGACGAGGCUGGCUUUCCCAAGCACCUCCUGUUUGGCUCUCUGGGCCGAAGUCUGGCCUGUGCUGACCCUGCAGAGAGUGAGAGGCUGCCCAUCCUCAAUGAAGCAUGGAAGGUCAUUACUAAAGUGCGCAGUCCACAGGAUUAUAUCAACUGUGCUGAAAUUUGGGUGGAGUUCACCUGUCGUCACUUUACAAAAAGAGAAGUCAACACUGUGCUGGCGGACAUCAUCAAGCACAUGACCCCUGACCGUGCGUUUGAGGAUGCUUAUCCACAGUUGCAGUCAGUGAUGAAGAAGAUCCUCACAUAUUUCCACAACUUCUCUGUGCUCUUCUCCAUGGAGAAGUUCUUGCCUUUCAUGGACAUGUUCCAGAAAGACAGUGUAAGAGUGGAGGUCUGCAAGUCUAUCAUGGAGGUCUUCAUCAAGCAUCAGCAGGAACUGACCCGAGAUCCUGUCAUCCUUAACGCCCUGCUGCACGUCUGCAAGACCAUGCAUGACUCUGUAAAUGCUCUCACGGUGGAGGAUGAGAAAAGAUCUCUAGCUCUUCUAAUCAACGGCUUUAUCCGUAUGGUGUCGUUUGGCCGUGACUUUGAGCAGCAACUGAGCUUCUGUGUGGAAGCCAGAGCCACAUUCUGCAACCUAGAAACAGUUAUUAUUCAGCUUAUUCAUACGGUGAACCAGCUAGCUAUGGAAACGAAGCGGGUGAUGGGAGGCAACCACUCGCGCAAAACAGCAGCGUUUGUCAGGGCGUGUGCAGCCUACAGCUUCAUCACUAUCCCCUCUCUGACGAGCAUCUUCAGCCGCCUCCACCUCUACCUGCUGUCAGGACAGGUAGCACUGGCCAAUCAGUGCCUUUCCCAAGCGGAUGCCUUUCUGAAAGCUGCGGUCAGCAUUCUGCCAGAAGUGCCACGCACCAUCAGUGUGGAGGGCAAACAGCGCUCUUCUGAAGCCUUCCUGCUGGACUUCAUAAACAGCUUCCUAUCCACUCUGCUGGUGGUUCCGGACCACCCCGAGCAGGGAGUGUUGUACCUGGUGAGGGGGCUGUUAAACAUGGUGCAGGACUACACGUGGGAGGACAACAGCGAUGCUAAAGUGCGAGUGUAUAUCAGCGCUCUGCCACUUCUGGCUGCCAUGAGUCAGGAGAACUAUUUGUACACCAUCCCUAAAGUGGACUCUAACGAGACGCUGUAUGGAGGAGACCCUAAGUUUGUUGCUGAGAUCAGUCGACUGUGUGAGACUCUCAUUGGUCAGGUGCUGGACCACUUGAAGACCCUCGGACGAGAAGAGGGAGUUCGCCGGCAAGGCAGCAUCGCAUUUGCUCUGUUCAGCGUUCUGCUGGCUCAUGGAGAUCUGCGCAACAACAAACUCAACCAGCUGGCUGUCAACCUUUGGAACCUCAGCCACAAGAACGGCUACUGUGACACACGAACUUCAGUCCGCACCCUGGAGCAUAUCAAGCAGCAAGCCCAGCAGCCUGAACUGUCUCACCUAUCGGAUAUGCUGCUGCGCCUUUCCCUGCAGUCACGAGCCUAGAAAUGUGGUCUUUACGUGGACCAUUACUUGGCUUUAUCAUCCUCUGGAUUCCAGGUGUGCUUUCGAUGAGCAUUGCUUUCAAAAACAGAAGCCAAGAAAGAAUGGACACCUUAAAAGUCUCAGUAAUCUUGUAAAGACCUAACCGGACGGGAUACGUUUCUCAGGGGAGGUCUGUGAAAAAUAUGUCACACUUCUACUCAGUGAUAAAACUCCUGCAUCCGGACUGCAAUUGAAAAAACAGGAGAACCAGUAAGUUUUUAGGCUUUCUUGGUCACAUGACAUUGUUUUCAGUAGCUCCUCCAUUUCCACUCCCUGUUGUGCUUACAUGGAUCUCCGUGGAAACAUGCGCCCAAAGUGUAAUUACGGUGCGUGGCAGUGGACAAAUAGCUAUUUAUUAAGCGCAAGGUGACGAAACUUAGAGAUGUGUGUCCGGACAGGAAUAAAAUUACCUGAGGACCACAGAGUUUAGCGGAAAACAGUAGGUAAUUCAGACUUUAAUUUUCUCAGAGAACGUCUGAGAAAAACACUUACAUGGUCGUUCCGGACGAGAAUAAAAAAUCACAGAGGACCCCCUGAGAAAAAAAAGAGAAAAAUACUCCAGGACCCCCUGAGAAACUAAUCCGAUCC